AUGGAAGAAUGGGAAGGAUACGAUCCAAAGCUGAUCAUAAAGAGGAAGGUGCAAAAGACAGACCUCGACAAAAGCCAGUCGUGUCUCUCAAUGCAUGCUACCCAACUAGAGACUUUAGAUUUUUUGACAGAGGAGGAGACCGACACCAUUGAAAAACAUUGGAACUUGACACAAAAAAAGAAAGGAAAACAUUGGAAGAAGUUGAAGACUGAUGAUCAAGAGGAAGGUUUGAAAGUGGAUUUGGUGGAUCAUGAGUUGAAUAACUAUAAGGUUGAUUUAAGGAAGUGGAGCGGUAACAAUGGCAAGUGGAAAUAUGUAUUAACCAAUGGUUGGAACAAUGUGAUUGACGCCAAGAUGUUUGAAGCCAAUGACGACAUUCAAGUCUGGUCCUUCCGUUACGAACAAGGAAAACUCUGUUUGGCUCUCUCUCCUCCGACCCGCUCCGAUCAGACCAGCUCCUCUAGUACUCCUUCCUCAAGUUGUCAAACUAUUGCUUAA